UCUUCUUUUUUUUUCCUGUAAUAGACAUGAUCAAAUUCAUUUUUCUUUUUUUCAUUUCUCUUGUCAAUGCUUCAGUUUAUGUCACAAUUACAAACGAAACAUUUGAAGACAGACCAGCAGUAUUUGGACCUCGGAUAUCGUCCAAUGGGAAAAUGGGGUACGUCGUUGAACCCUCAGAUGACCCCACAGGCUGUGGGAUUGUUCAACCACCUUGUUCAGACUGGAUCGCACUUGUGAAACGUGGUGGUUGUUCAUUUAUCACCAAAGUGAGGUACAUGCAAAAAAGUGGAGCAGUUGCAGUCAUUGUGGGUGAUGCUGAGAACCCUGGAUGGAUCACGAUGUAUUCUCCUGGUGAUACGUCUGAUGUCUCUAUUCCAAGUGUGUUUGUAGCCAAAGACGAAUAUACAAAACUAUUGCAAAUGUCGAAACUGUUAGGCACACCUAUGAUGUCUGUUCUCCAACGACAAGACACAUCAAUACCUUGGCCAUGGGUGGAUAUUGUGAUGAUUUUGUUUUUGGUACCUGCAGUCAUGGUGUUCUUUGUGUUCAUAUUCUGGAAAAUAAGACAAAAGAUCAUGCGAAAAAGAGAAUUAGCGCCUGUUUCUGUAGUGUCGAAAUUAGCUGUCAAAGUGUUUAGUGAAGAAGAAAAGAAAAUAAGCGAUGAAAAAGUAGAGCAGGGAGAAGAAGAAGAAGGUGAAAGUUGUGCUAUUUGUCUAGAAGAAUAUGGUGUGGGUGAUGAAUUAAGACUUUUACCUUGUCAUCACCAAUUUCACACGCUUUGUGUGGAUGCAUGGCUAACCACUCAGAAAAAACUGUGUCCUAUCUGUAAACGAGAUAUUACUUGCAAUUUAACGACUGAAAUCACACCGCUUCUUUUAGAGUCUGGCUAUGCUUAGAAUUCUUUUGUAAUCAUUUUUUUUGUACAUAUAUCAUUUCUUUACGUAAUAUUAAUAAUAGAAAUCUCUCUUUCUCUCUUGUCCUUUUGGGAAAUAUACUUUUAAAAAAGGAGACUAUAAACAGACUCCUUAAAUACAACAAAGCUCCC